UUGUACAAAGUUUUAUUUCUUAGGCGCUCGAGGUCGCUUAAAGCCAUCCUAAACCUCAUACAAAAACAGUAGAGUGCUGCCACCUAUGGAGGCCAAUGAAACCUGUGGAUGUGACGUCACUCACUGACAGUCAGUCAGCUUGAAAGACGGAAAUUAGAAAUGGCUGCGAUAGGUAGUGGACGGGGAACGAUGAAUUCCCAAAAUCAAGUGCAAAGUGAUACUAUAGAUCGUUUAAAAUUGUUAUAUCCUAAUGUUAAUGAAGAUGAGACACCUUUACCUAGAGCUUGGAGUACUAAAGAUAAAUUCAGCUACAUCGGUUUAUCGCAAAAUAAUCUUCGAGUCCAUUACAAAGGGCAUGGUAAGACACACAAGGACGCGGCCAGUGUGCGGGCGACACAUCCCAUACCGGCGUCGUGUGGCCUGUACUACUUCGAAGUGCGCAUCGUGUCGAAAGGACGCGAUGGAUACAUGGGUAUCGGUCUGUCAGCACACGGCGUCAACAUGAACCGCCUUCCUGGAUGGGACAAACACUCGUACGGUUACCACGGUGAUGACGGGCACUCGUUCUGUUCAUCGGGCACCGGCCAGCCUUACGGGCCGACGUUCACAACGGGCGACGUUAUCGGCUGUGGCGUCAACCUGGUCGACAACACCUGCUUCUACACUAAGAACGGACACCAUCUAGGCAUCGCGUUCAGAGGGCUGCCGCCCAACCUGUACCCCACGGUGGGUCUGCAGACCCCGGGCGAGGUGGUGGACGCCAACUUCGGGCAGCAGCCGUUCGUGUUCGACAUCGACGACAUGCUGCGGGAGCUGCGCGCGCGGACCCGCCUCGCCAUACACACGCACCCGCUCCCAGACCAGGCGCACUGGCAGAACGUGCUGCACAGGAUGGUAUCAACGUACCUGGUUCACCACGGUUAUUGCGGGGCAGCGCAAUCGUUCUGUCGCGCCACCUCCCAGCCCAUACACGAGGACCUCGCGUCCAUCAAGAACCGUCAGCGGGUAUCAAAGUUAGUGCUGGCGGGUCGAAUCGGCGAGGCCAUAGAGCUGACGCGGCGCCUGUACCCCGGCCUGCUGGAGAGGAACCACGAGCUGGUGUUCCUCCUCAAGUGCCGACAGUUCGUCGAGAUGGUCAACGGGUCAGACUCACAGGCGGCAGCGGCGGCGGCUGCGUCGGCCGCUGCGACGGCGAGCGGCGAGAAGGGGGCGCCCUCCACCGCGGCUGCGACCGCCGCUGCGGCCGCCGCUGCGACAGCCGCAGCCACCGCGGCCAGCAACGGAGUCGCCACCUCCGUCAUAUCGCACACCAGUCGCGCCGAGCUCAACGGGAACGGUGAAUGUGUAAGCGGUGGGACACCAGAAACGACAGACGUGGAAAUGACCACACCCGCUGCCAACGGAGCGCAUGAAGACGCGGACGGGUGCGGGUCGCGCGCCUCCGUAGAGCGUAUGCUCGCGUUUGGGCGCGAAUUGUACGCGAUGAGCCAGAAACUACAACAGGACCUUUAUCACAAAUCAAUGUUAGAGAAUGCGUUCAGUUUGCUGGCGUAUAGUAACCCCUGGGACAGUCCCGUCGGCUGGCAGCUGGAGCCGGUCAGACGCGAGCACGUCUCCGAGACGCUCAACUCCGCCAUAUUAGGUGACACAUAUCAUACCAUUGUCAAUACAGGAUGCGUACAGUUUGUGGCCGACAGUAACCCCUGGGACAGCCCCGUCGGUCAGACGCGAGCACGUAUCCGAGACGCUCAACUCCGCCAUAUUAGGUGACACAUAUCAUACCAUUGUCAAUACAGGAUGCGUACAGUUUGUGGCCGACAGUAACCCCUGGGACAGCCCCGUCGGUCAGACGCGAGCACGUAUCCGAGACGCUCAACUCCGCCAUAUUAGGUGACACAUAUCAUACCAUUGUCAAUACAGGAUGCGUACAGUUUGUGGCCGACAGUAACCCCUGGGACAGCCCCGUCGGUCAGACGCGAGCACGUAUCCGAGACGCUCAACUCCGCCAUAUUAGGUGACACAUAUCAUACCAUUAUCAAUACAGGAUGCGUACAGUUUGUGGCCGACAGUAACCCCUGGGACAGCCCCGUCGGUCAGACGCGAGCACGUCUCCGAGACGCUCAACUCCGCCAUAUUAGGUGACACAUAUCAUACCACUGUCAUAACAGGAUGCGUACAGUUUGUGGCCGACAGUAACCCCUGGGACAGCCCUUUCAGCUAGUAGCUAGAGACGAUCAGACAUAAAUCCAUCCGCUAUGUGUGUGACCAACAUUUUUUUUACAAUUUCAAGCUCCACUGUGCGUCAGAAGGCACGUUAAGCCGUUGGUCUGCAGUUGUUAGCACACACCUAUCCGCACUGGGUCUGGGGUUGGCAAUGGCCUAAUCUCCCUAUUCCAUCCUUAGGGAAGGCCUGGGCCCCAGCAGUGGGGACAUUAAUGGGCUGAUGACAAUGAUCAGGUGUAAUGAAGGUGUCAUCAUCAUCAUCUCAUCAGUCUAUUAAUAUCCCGACUGUCUAUGAAUGGAAUACCGAGAUUGGGCUAUGACCAUACGUUGGCGACUACUUAUGCUGGCACCUCGAUGGCUUAAUGUACCUUUCGAAGCACGUAGCAGCUUGAGGUGGUAAUAUUUUUUCGAAGCAUGGUGGAGCUCGCGGUAGUAAUACUUUGGUUAUCCUUCAGAUGACUGGUCACUGUGAAAGAUACUUUCUUUCACCGUUGCAGACAAAAUGCUCUGCCCACUGCCUCCUUGAGUCCUUUUCGGUUAUAUCAAAAUUAGUUUUGUUAAGAAGUUUAAGUUAGUAUUUUACUUUAACAAAAGUUGUUUCUUAUGUCUGAAGGACAAUGGGGGACUUUGUAUGUGACUUAAUUAAACACUUUUCCUCAAAUUAACGAGCGGGAGAUAACAGGACACUUUAUUGCGUUUAGAGUUUAUAAAAUACUAGAAGUGUCCUGCAAUCUCCCGCUCAUUAAUUUUAGGGAAAUUGUUAAAGUAAUUCACAUACAAAAUCCCCCAUUAUCCUUCAGACAUAAGAAACAACUUUUGUUAAAGUAAAAUAAUAACUUAAACUUUUUAACAAAACUAAUUUCUUUUUUUCCAUUGCCCUUUUCAUUGAUAUUGAUAUUUAUUUAUAUAUUCUGUACACACAAAAAAUAAUACAGGAGCAACUUAAUAAAAGAUAACAUGUGCAAGGGCACAACUUAUAUAUAUCGAUAUAGAUACAUUGAUAUUAUUUCUCAUUGCCCUUCACACUGCACUUACAUACACACCUCUUAGUGGGUUAGGUCUAUAAACAAUACCCCUCUUUAAAACUAAACCGCGCCUUUUCCGCCCGCCACAGAAUCGCAAGGCAUGCAAUGGCGGUCGCCCGUAGAAGAGUGCGUCGCGCAUUCCCGCGAGUUACUACAGCGUAUGGCCGCGGCCGGGCUGGGGGCUUGCGCCUUCGCCGACCUGCCCGCCCUCCUGCGCCGCUGACACUCGAGCCGCGCCCUCACCCGCGACCGCGACCGAGACCGCGACCGCGUCCGCGUCCGCCCGCGACUGAGAAACGCGCGCCGCUGACACCAGACCCCGCCUCCAGCAUCAUGAGCGACGACCCACGUGACACCAUCAAGAUCGUUCCAUAUUUAAAUAAACAAAUAAAUGAAAAUCAAAACUGCCUCGUUCAGUGUUUUGGUGUAUUAAGACACCAGAGCCCCGCCUCCAGCAUCAUGAGCGACGACCCACGUGACACCAUCAAGAUCGUUCCAUAUUUAAAUAAACAAAUAAAUGAAAUGAAAAAACUGCCUCGUUCAGUGUUUUGGUGUAUUAAGACACCAGAGCCCCGCCUCCAGCAUCAUGAGCGACGACCCACGUGACACCAUCAACAUCGUUCCAUAUUUAAAUAAACAAAUAAAUGAAAAUCAAAACUGCCUCGUUCAGUGUUUUGGUGUAUUAAAGCUGUCUUUACCGCUGCGCUGUUACAUACUGGUCUACAGCCUCGUUCAAUAUUUGGUCUGCCAAAAACUAUCACUACAACUCUAAUAUUUAUAAAACGGUGGAUACUAAUAUAGUAGUUACAAAGCUUAUGUUUAAUGUCAGCCCCUGAAUAACACAUAUAAGAAACACGGUCAAAAACAGCCUCAAGCAAAUGGCAUUCGCCCGUCGAAGAGCGAGUUGUAUUCUCGCGAGCUAUUACAGUGUAUUGCGGGGGUCGGGCUAAGGACCUAUGACACAAGAGCCACGCCUCAACCACAAGCAAGGCGCCGCGACUAAGGCCCGUAUUAUACAAAGAUUCUCAGUGAUUGAUCUAGUCUUGAGCAUAGUUAGAAAGGGAUGUCGCUAUAUAUAGCACAUAGCGACAUCCCUUUCUAACUGUACUCAAGUAAUGAUCAACACUUAGUUGUCAUUCUGUAAUACGGGCCUUAAAGACCGUGCGAACACGACCAUCGUUCUAUUCAUGUAAAUAAAGAAGUAAAUGGAAAUCAAAACUGCCUUGUACAAUGUUUGGUGUCUUUAAUACUUUCAUUAACACUCUUGUAAUAACGUAAAUAAUAAAAAUCGAUCAAAACAGCUUAAAAUCGUUCGUUAUUGAAAAAAUAAAUAAAAAUCAAAACUGCCUCGUUCAAUCUUUGGUGUAAUAAAACUGCCAUUAUAAUAAGAUUAACAUAAAAGCCGUUACAAAAAGAUAUACCAAAUAUUAAUGUUACGGAAAUGCACAGAAACCAUGUUAUUAUGAGACGCUAACCACCCUACAUAACUUAAAAAUUAUCGUUCAUAACAGCCUUAUUCAAUGGUUAGUGUUUUAAAAAUCAUCAUUAUCGCUCUAAUAAAUAAUACGGUGAGUACUAAUAUAAUAGAUACAAAGAGUUUUAUCAAAUGUUUAGUAUACAAUAAAUACAUUUGUAACCAAUUAAAAAAAUCGUUCAACAACAGCCUCAUACAAAUGGCGGUCGCCCGGCGAAAAGACGGCCGGGCGAGAGACUUACUCGCCCUUUACCCGCGCCCACAUUAAACUAAAUAAAAAACACCCUAAAAAAAGUUCGAAUUUAAAAUUGUAUAUGCAAAAUUAAGAUAUUUUUAGCUUUGGUAAUUGGGUAGCUUGUAUCGAGAACGGCAUACGAUUAGCUUAUUUGACAGAAAAAUAUAUCUCCCAAUCGUAAAUCUUAACGAAGAAAUGAUUUUUUCUUAAAUAUCACCUAACAUAAAAAAUAAGACGUCCAACGAAUAUAGAAUCUAUUUGGUUUGGAGGUAGUAAAGAAACUUUUAACUUUUUAACAAUUGCGUGACCAUUUUUGACCUCAGCGAUAGAAAACUGAGAAUCGUGAUAUUAUGUAUUAAAAAGUAAUUAUUAAAUAAAGGCUUGUCUACAUUGCCAAAUAAUUAGGAGUGCGACACCAAAUUCACUUUAAAAAAGCUCACGAGUGUAUUUAAACAGUCUGUAAUUGCGAAUAAACGUUUAAAUAAUAUGAUUGAUUAGUGAACGUUGACUUGGUAAAAUAUAGCAAAGUCAUGUCGGGCGGUCUGGUGUGCAGAAGACCGCGAACUAUGUAUAUAAUGAUCAAUUUUAAUGCUAAUAAUGUAACGCACAUCGGAUGCCUUAUCAGUUCAAUUCAACGGCACGCUUCAUGCAAAAAUGGCGUGAGCGAGCGUUCAUCGCUCUGCUCGCUCGAGCGUGCGAAACUUUGCUUCGUGGGCGUAAGUAAGCGGACGCAGGCCCUGUUGCGUUACUUUUGUGAUAACACCCUGUUGUUUUGACUUUGAAACCAUUCUUUAUAUUUCAUUAAUAAAAAUAAUAAUAAACUAAUUUUUUUAUAACGAUUAAUGCGUCCAUUACAAUCAACUUUGAUGUGUACUUACCUUUAAACCUCCUUAAUAGUAAUUGAAGCUUGAAAUCGUCUUUUGUUUUACUUAAGUUACUCGAAUGGAAGGAAACAAAAGUUUGUUUCAUAUAUUCGAAGUUUAAUCAUUAAGGAGGCUAAACUAAUUAAUAAAGAUGUGGACGAUAAAUAUUUCACUAGUCAAAACGGCAAGUUGUAACAGUGUUGGGGUAAAUCGUGCGUUGUAAUGGCCAACCGGAUGCGCCUGCGUUCCAUUCGAAUCGAUGUUAUCGUAAGCCUCUUAGUGUGUUUAAGACUUUUUUUAUACGGACGACUACCUACGUUUCUGGACGUCCGGAUAGGGCGUUCAGUGAAGUGAUUCGACGUUUGAUGCGAUAUUUAGAAGUGUGCUGCUCCGCGUACGGACGGAUAUGUGAAUAAAUGAAUAAAUAUAAAGGUCUACGUGAAAUUCGUAUGUAGUCAGUGUGCUGCGAUUUACUCGAGUCCCGAGUUGUGUAUAUUGUCUGCGUAUAAACUAUAGAUUAUAUUAUAUUAUAGAUGAAUAAAUAAUUGUAAUAUUGUAAUGAUAACGUAACGUGGGGCACUGCACGCAUGUUUUGAUGCAUUCAAUCUCCUUUGCCUUUAGUUAUUUUUAAUGUUGCAUCAGCAGCUGUUUAAUUAUUGUUAUCGAAGUAUCGACGAGUACCUACGAAUAGCGCUAUCGAGUUUUUUUUUUUUUUUUUAAUCUUAGUAUCAUUGAAUUUUAUGUAUAGGGUGAUGUCCGAUGAAUUAUCAAUGUUUUUAAAUCGAUAUUUAGCUGUUUUUACUAAUCGAGAAGCUCUUUAGUGCUGUUCAUAUGAAGUAUCGAAUGAUGCACGUGCUUGGUCUGACGUGAGACAGAGCGUCGUCGGUGCCCACAGAGUUUUUAAAAGUAAACAUAAUUUUAUGAUGGAGGAUUUGUACUGUGCGUCGGCGCUGCAUUUACACUCGCUGUAUAGUUGAAAAACAUAAUACUAUGUACAGAUAGGAUUGCCAGAUGCUCGCUUGUCAAUUCCGGGACUCUUACACCCUCCCCCCCCCCCCUGAAAAAAUAAAGCAUCAAGUCAAACCUGACGACCUCCGUGGCCGAGUGGUUUGUACGCUGGGUUGCAUGGCGUCGCCGACUCGAAAGGUCCCGGGUUCGAAUCCCGGUGGGGGCAGAUGUUUGUGUGAUGAAUAUGAGCACUUGUACUCCAGUCAUGGAUGUUUAAUAUGUAAUUCUAUAUAAAUAUACUUAUAUAUGUACAGUAUAUGUAUUCUAUCCGUUACCCUAGUAUCCCAUAAUACAAGCCUUAUAGUGCUUACUUUGGGGCUAGGCUAAUUGGUGUGAGUGUUGGAAAUAUUAUUAAAAAAAAACCCCGAUCACCCCCCAGAAUUAAGACAUUAAGCAGGCCAGCGGUGUCAUUUGUUAUUAGUUUAUUUUGUUGCGAAACUAGCACAUUAUCGGAAUCCGGGACAAUAAGGUCUUAUUACUGGACACGGUACAAGACGCAAAAUUCCGAGACGAUCCCGGAUUUGCCUGCCAUCUGGCAAGCCUAUGUACAGACAGAAAAUGAGCAUUUUCUCAUUAUGUACCUAGCUGUAAAUCAUCGUUAUGAAAUAAACGUCCUAUAAUGUAAAGUUAAUUAAGUGCACAAAUUUAUAAAACUGGUUUCAUACAUGAAUAGUUUUCAAGCACUAUUUAAAUUAUGAAAUUUUAAGGGGAAUUGCACUUGAAAGAGCUCAGGGGGCCAAUCGCCUAACGGAAAUGCUUUGGGAAACGCUAACGCUUACGAUUUUAUAUUGUUAUUUUUAGCCGCCUGAGGUUUUCGAAUAACUCACGCUCAUUUUUUAAAAUAUUGCUAUUACCAAUGCAAAAGAAAAAGAAAGAGCGCGAGGCAUUUGAAUACCUCAGGCGGCUAGAAAUAAUAAAAUAAAAUCGUAAGCGUUUUCCAAAGCAUUUCCGUUAGGCGAUUGGCCCCCUGGUCUUCAAAUUUGUACAAUAUAUUUCAACUGCGAUUUACGGAAUGUUGGUUUUAUUAAAAAAAAAAUGUAGAAUUGCUUGUGCAUUUGAAUGGAAAUUUGUGCACUUAAUAACAAAUUAUUUAGUUCUGAAAUAUUUAACUGACUGUAGCGGAACAAAUAGCAGAUUGUAAUUUUGCGCAAAACGCUUAGAAUAAACUUGCACAAGUUAUUUAUUAUACAUCGAUCCUGGUUGUGGAAAUAUUUUAAUGGGGGUCAAUUUUUUAUAAUAGUUGUAAAGAUCGAACAAUAGAAAGACAGUUUCAUUCGAACUGAUUUUUUGUUUACAUAUCGUGUUUGUACUGUUACUGUAUUUUAACAUAUGAGGAGCUGGCGAACAAAACGGAAUAAUUAAGCAUCUGCUCAAAAUACUUUUUUGUUUACAGUCCGGAUGCUUUGGGCCUGCUGAAUUUGAAUCUCAAUCAUUUUCAAUAAAAAACACCUAAAACAAUGAUAAAUUGAUUGAUAAAUAAAAACAUAACUAUAAUUGCUAUUUCUUCUUUCAAAUGUUAAAUACUAGAAAAAGUAUUCAUUUGACAUUGUGGGUUACCUACAUUGCGAAGAGAUGGCGCUGCCUUGCAGCUUAAGGCUAGGAAAAUUUCGACGCGGCCAUGAGGGCCGUGGUAGCAUAAUUGGUCAGUGAAUUCGCCCGGAUUGCGAAGGGUGCGGGUUCGAGUCCCGUCCGCUGCCUGGUCCGCGUGGAUUUUUUUCUAUUAAAACUUUUCUUUAGAUUUAAACAUCUAGCAGUCAAAUGCUUAAAAAUAAAUAAAAACAAUGAUAAAUUUACUAAAUUAAUAAGCUAAAAAAACAUGCCAAAAGCUCGGUGUAGGUGUGUCAUUCAGUACUUUUAGUUGAGUUCAGUUCUAUCAAAAUGUAAUUUUGUUAAGAAGUUUAAGUUCUUAUUUUAAUUUAGUUAUAGACAAUGAUCAGGUUGUAAUGAAGGUGGCAUUAUCAUCAUCAGCCUGACUGUCUAUGAAUGGAAUACCGAGAUUGGGCUAUGACCAUACGUUGGCGACUACUUAUGCUGGCACCGAUAUGGCUUAACGUACCUUUCGAAGCAUGCAGCAGCUUGAGGUGGUAAUAUUUUUUCGAAGCAUGGUGGAGCUCGCGGUAGUAAUAUUUUGGUUAUCCUUCCGAUGACCGGUCACUGUGAAAGAUACUUUCUUUCAUCGUUGCAGACAAAAUGCUCUGACCACUGCGUCCUUGAGUCCUUUUCGGUUAUAUCAAAAUUAGUUUUGUUAAGAAGUUUAAGUUAGUAUUUUACUUUAACAAAAGUUGUUUCUUAUGUCUGAAGGAUAAUGGGAGAUUUUGUAUGUGACUCACUUAAACAGUUUUCCUCAAAUUAAUGAGUGGGAUAACGCAGGACACUUCUAGUAUUUUAUAAACUCUAAACCCAAUAUAUUUGUUCUUUCUUAUUGCCCUAUACAUUCAUUUCAUAUCACUCACACAUUACACUUACCUUGACUUACAGUUGUAUUACUGUUCCUGAAACUUUUAAUUUUAUUUAAUUAUACCGUUUAGUUCGCCAGCUCGUCAUAUGUCUUUUAAAAUUAAUAGUUCUUUUUAAUUAGACUUCUUUACUUAAUAGUGGGAGCAAAUUCUAUAGUUUGAAGAGUUUUGUCCUAUUAAUGAGAUCGAAUUUAGUUUAAAUAAUAAAAAUUACACAUUUACCAACUUAAUUGUAUUUGGUAAUCAGUAAUUCUUUUUGUUUUGGUGCGAGCGUUAUUAAAUGCAGUGCCGACGCCGAGGCGUGGAGUGGACAUUGUCAACGGAAUGGCGAUUAUAUUUUUUACAUAAAUAACAUAGUUCUAUAGAGUUUAAAGCGUGAAAUAUACUUUAGACGAUAAGUGAUUGAUGGUUAGAGAGUAGUCGGUCGGCUUGGAACGUGUUCAAUCGUAGUAAUUAAACUUUAACUAAUUAAACUUUGCAUCUUAUUACGCGUUCAUUGGAGUGGCGUUUUGUGAUCUGCUUAUAAGUAGUGUGUUUAGCUGCUGUCGUCUGAAGUAUAUAGGGAUGAUGAGAUGAUGAUGAUUGCGCCAACCGCUGAUGCCUCCCAAGUACGUAGCGGCGAGACCCCUACCCAGUGUUGCCAGGUCUCCAGAUUUUACAGGUUUUUCUCCUGUUUUUCUUAAAUUUCUCCUGUUCUACUGUUUUUCUACAUGAAUCUCCUGUUUUUUUAGAAUACGAUUUUCUUUUUUAAAUUGCAUUUUCCGUCAUUAAUAAUGUAGAUAACCUUAAUAAUUAUAAAAUAAAUGUAAUUGUCUAAAAAAAAUUGCUUUGAGGGGCGGCAGAAGCCACAGAAACACAUUCGUUAUUGGUCUUUAUCUUGAUUUGAUUUACAGAUUCUAGGGGGGGGGGGGGGGGGGGGAUAUGUAAAUCGGAAAAAGUACGCCUCUGCAUCUACUGUUUUUCUUGUAGCUCUUUCCAUACAUCUUCUGUUUUUUUUCUAUAACGACUCCCGAUUUUUGAAAAUCGGACCUGGCAACACUGCCCCUACCCCACAUUCUCGCCUUGAUCUCACCCGCGCAAGUGAGAUCGGGUCGAGUUUUCGGCUCGUGGUAGCGGUCGCGCCGCUCGCCGCCCCUGUACUCUCUGUAAAGUUGAUGAUUCUACAAUAUUGUUCUUAUAUGUUGUAUUGUUUUCUUUUUUUUAAUAAUAUAUUGUGUUUAAACAACUGUGGGUAGUUUUAUUUUAUUUACUAGCGGACGCCCGCGACUUCGUACGCGUGGAGUUAGUUAGAAAUAAAGGG